GAGCAGCCCGAGCUCAUUCUCUGCCCGCAGCCCCCCUUCAUCUCUCUCCUCCUGCUCCUUUUCUCCUCCUUUCUCCUCCCCCUCCCUUUUUUCCUCCCUCCCUCUCCCCCUUUCCCUCGCUCCCCUCCUCCCUCCCUCCCCGUCUUUCUUACCCCCUCCCUUUCUCUCUCUCUCUCUCUCUCACUCGUUCCCUAACAUUAAAGAGAAAAUGCUGCUAUCCGUGACUUCCAGGCCCGGGAUUUCGACUUUUGGCUACAAUAGAAACAACAAGAAGCCAUAUGUGUCACUGGCUCAGCAGAUGGCACCACCUAGCCCAAGCAACAGUACACCUAACAGCAGUAGUGGAAGCAAUGGAAAUGACCAGCUGAGCAAAACCAACCUAUACAUCCGAGGAUUGCAGCCAGGCACUACUGACCAAGAUCUUGUCAAGCUGUGUCAGCCAUAUGGCAAGAUUGUUUCCACUAAGGCCAUACUGGACAAGACCACAAACAAAUGUAAAGGCUAUGGCUUUGUAGAUUUUGACAGCCCUUCAGCAGCACAGAAAGCUGUAACAGCACUGAAGGCCAGCGGUGUACAGGCACAGAUGGCAAAGCAACAGGAACAGGACCCCACAAAUUUAUACAUCUCAAACCUCCCACUCUCAAUGGAUGAGCAGGAACUGGAGGGGAUGCUGAAGCCCUUUGGCCAGGUUAUCUCCACCCGUAUCCUUCGAGAUACCAGUGGGACCAGCAGAGGUGUUGGCUUUGCAAGGAUGGAGUCCACAGAGAAGUGUGAAGCCAUCAUCACCCACUUUAAUGGAAAAUAUAUUAAGACACCCCCUGGAGUACCAGCCCCAUCCGAUCCCUUGCUUUGCAAAUUUGCUGAUGGCGGGCCAAAGAAACGACAGAACCAAGGAAAAUUUGUGCAAAAUGGACGGGCUUGGCCAAGGAAUGGAGACAUGGGCGUCAUGGCCUUGACCUAUGACCCCACCACAGCUCUUCAGAAUGGGUUUUACCCAGCCCCUUAUAACAUCACCCCCAACAGGAUGCUUGCUCAGUCUGCACUCUCCCCAUACCUUUCCUCUCCUGUGUCUUCGUAUCAGAGAGUGACUCAGACAUCUCCUCUACAAGUACCUAACCCAUCCUGGAUGCACCACCAUUCAUACCUCAUGCAGCCUUCAGGUUCAGUUCUGACACCAGGGAUGGACCAUCCCAUUUCUCUCCAGCCUGCCUCCAUGAUGGGACCCCUUACCCAGCAACUGGGCCAUCUCUCCCUCAGCAGCACAGGCACGUAUAUGCCGACGGCUGCAGCUAUGCAAGGAGCUUACAUCUCCCAGUACACCCCUGUGCCUUCUUCCAGUGUUUCAGUCGAGGAGAGCAGCGGCCAACAGAACCAAGUGGCAGUGGACGCACCCUCAGAGCAUGGGGUCUAUUCUUUCCAGUUCAACAAGUAACAGUGGGAUUCCCCUCCCCAUCUUUACUGAAUAGAAAUGAAUUCUUGGAGAUACUCAUGCUCCCAGAUUCCAGAGGGUUAACCAGGAAUGGAGACCAUCCGUCGGCUCUGCUAAGGACUAACACUUAGCCAUCGUUUUUCACAGGCCUGGGCCUGGAAAAAGAAAUCUCUAUGUUCCUGCCCUUUACUAUUGCUGAUGGAGCCUAGGGGAACCAUCACUUUUUUUGUGUGCUACAUUCAAGGAGAUCAAAAAAACUUUUCUUCUUUUGCAAAGAAAGCUUUUUGUUUUUAACUGCAACGUACUUUUCCCCUACCUUGAAGAGACAUGGUGGUCGUAGCUUCUCAUCUAUAUGAAAAAGUUUUCGAUGUGUUGGAAUUAUUUGGGAAUGCUUUUAAAACAAUUUGUAAUUAUUUCUUUACAAACCAAAACAGAACAGAAAGGUGUGGUGCUAGAACAUCGAUGAAGGAGCCCUACUUACUGAGCUUAGUUAUGGACUUUUUUGAUGCGUGUGUGUAUGUGUUUUAAAAAGUAUGCAGACUCUAAAAAUUUUAUUUUGUAAAGCUCUCAGCUCAUGCACCCCAUCUCCUCUUCACCCAUAUUAUGCCUUCUUUCUCUUGUCCAGAUUCUUCUUUUUCUCUUUUCUAAACAGCUGAGCCUGCCUACUUUGCCCUUUUACAGCUUUUAAUUUUAUGGAUUUUUAAAAAUGAAAUUUCAUGUGGAAUUUGGGGUUGGGGGGCAGGCCGGGCAAGGAACAAGGCAGAACACUAAGUAGGCCAUGGAAGUGGCUGUUCUUUCCCCCACCCUGCCACACCCUGGGAGAAAAAACUAGACUUUGGCUUCAGAAAGCACAGAUGUGACCCAGGCUUACUAAAGAGACAAUUCCACAGCCCUGGGAACACACCCUUGAGCCAAACUUGGUUGAAGACUAGGUCUUCCCUGGCAAGUUCCGGAAGAAUGGACUUACUGACUUUUACCAACUCUUCUCACUGCCAAGGCCAACAGCAUCUGAGGAAGCAUCUGAGGUAUAGCUUUUUGGGAGUACCUGCUUUCUUGCCUCCUGGAGGAUAUUUUCUGUUCUGGGCUUCAUGGCCCCUCUCUUCCCUGUUACACGUUGCUAUGCUCAGAGCCUUUGCAGCUGUGACCUAGUUGAAUCCACAUAGGCUCCUUCCACACGGUGGAAGAUCUGCUGCUUCACUCACAGACCAGGAGUUCUCAAUCAGAGGUGUUUGUCCCUCAGAGGCCUUUGGCAACAUCUAGAGACGGUUUUGAUUGCCACGCCUGGAGGUGGGAUGUGUGUGCUACUGGCAUCUAGUGGCUGGAAACCAGGGUUGCUGCUAAACAUCCUACACUGCAUAGGAUAGUCCCCACUACCCCCAACCAAGAAUUAUCUGACUCCAGAGGUCAAUAUUGCCAAGACUGGGAAACACUGAUAUAGACAGUGUUGUCCCUGCCUCCUGGGUUAGGGUAAAUUCUCACCCCAACCCUGGACAAACAGUGCCUUUUGACACUCAUGCAACUGUUUGGGAAGGACUGGACUGGGAUCCUUGAAUUCUCCCCAGACUUUGACUUUUGAUAACUCUGCAUAUAGCAAGAGUGAUUCUUGAAAGAGCUGUGGCUCCAUGCUGAAUGCACACAUGUACUCAGAGGGAUUCAGGUGGGCAUUGUUCUGGUGUGUGCUGUGCAAUGGUGGGAAAGGACAAAGCUCUCUAAACUGUCCAGAGCAACCUGCCCUGCCCCGGUGUGCUUGGACCCUUUGCCCAGGGAACCAGGACAUCAGAAAUAAUGUUCCUUCUGUGGAAGGACAACAGGGAGCUAGGAUAGAAAAGAGCAAUAAAUUCCAACUCUUUAUGAGGUCAGGAGUCCUUUAAAAAAGACUAUGUCUUGGUCUUUAACUAUCCCCUUCUGCAAGAUGUGACUCUAUACACAUGGAGACAGAUUGAAGAAAGACUUCACCCAUCUUCUAGGAAAUCAAAUCCUGCUCUUGUCUUCUCCCAGUCACUCCCUUAUGCACUGAAAGGAGAAUUUGACUCCCUUGCACUUCAAGGCCAGGUGCCUCUCCACUAGACAGUCAGACAAAGGCAAAUAAUGGAGGAUAGAGAGACAGGUGUUCAUUAGGCUGGCCAUAGGGAGAGGAAGGGGGUGACAGCAGGGGAAAAGAAACUGUAGUAUCAGUUGUCACAAGUAGAGCUCGGCCCAGCUUUCCCUCCCUUCCCAGCCACCCUAGAAUUGAGAGUCCCAGUGCCCCUAGUGUCGACUUUCUAUGUACAUCCUAGGGGUGAGGGAGUGCGGGGCAAUGGGUAGGAUAUAAAGCGUAAAGGACAAAUUGCCACAGUCUUCUAAUUGAUGCUUCCAAACUCAGGAAGGGCUUAUCCAGUGUAAAAUAGCCCCAAGCCCAGCAACCUUCUAGAGGGCUCUGGCUGGGCAGAUACCUUUUGUUUUUGAGUCUCCAGCCCUCAGUCAAGGAAAAUAUACCAUAGCUGCUUUCUUGUCAGUGGCCUUUGAGAGAAAGAGAAAACAAAUCUAGAAUUCUGUUCAUCUGAUAGACCGGGGGAGCUUUGCUAUGGUAGGAGGUUUAGGAAGGGCCUUUCACGCAUAGAAACCAUUGUUGAUAUUGCCACUCCCCUCUCCUCUGCCUCACAGAACUCCUGAUUCUGUCUUCUUUCUCUCUAUAUAUAUAUAUUUUAAAAUGUUUAAAUGGCUCUACUUUUUUGUUUUGAAUUUUGAAUUUACCUUUUGGAGUUCUCAUGUGAAUCUACUUGUUAGAUUGUAUUAAUGAGUGUUUCUGGUUUGGGCAUGGGAAGUGAUGGGGGCCUGAAGUUAUUUUGCGGUGGCUAAUGGCACUGAGGAAUUUCUUUUUUGGUGCAUUUGGUUUACACUCAUUUCCUCUCCUAAUUUUUAGUUCAUUUGUAACAGUGGGUGAGUGUUUGGAGGAAAGGAGGGAGAAGAAAGGAGGGAUACUGUUUCUCCCAUGAAAUAGUCUAAUUGGUUGGGUUGAUGGCAGAGGGAAACAUAGGGGAGCCUUCCAGCUCACAGCCAAGGGUUGGGCUCUUAAACACUAUGCCUAGUGUUUUCUGAAUGCUGUCUUCAUGGAGCCCAGCUCUUACUCUCUUUGUACUUUACAUCUCACCCCCACUCAUUACAGAUGCUCAUAACAUUCUUAAAAUAUUUUAGUACUUGGCAUUUUUCUGUUUUCAGUCAACUAGAACACACUAGAGUCCUUUCCUCAGAUGGCAUAAUCCUUUAUAGGCUCUGAGCCUGCCUAGCCAUCUCCUAUCGGCGUUAUUACUCCUCAUCUCAGGCUCUGAGAUGAUACUCAGACCCUAAACUGAUUGGACUUUUUGGAGGAGGGUGCCAGUAGAGAGGUCAGGAAGAUGUGGAGAUGAUGAUGGAGAGAGAUGUUUUUAUUUUAUUUUUUAUUUUAUUUUAUUUUAUUUUAUUUUUUUCAGACAGAGUCUUGCUCUGUCGCCCAGGCUGGAGUGCAAUGGCACGAUCUCGGCUCAUGCAACCUCCGCCUCCCAGGUUCAAGCAAUUCUCCUGCCUCAGCCUCCCGUGUAGCUGGGAUUACAGGCACCCACCACCAUGCCCGGCUAAUUUUUUAAUUUUUAGUAGAGAUGGGGUUUCACCAUGUUGGCCAGGCUGGUCUCAAACUCCUGACCUCAGGUGAUCUGCCCGCCUUAGCCUCCCAAAGUGCUGGGAUUACAGGCAUGAGCCACCGCGCCCAGCCUUUAUUUUUUAAAGAUGGUCUUGCUGUGUCACCCAGGCUGGAGUGCAGUGAUGCAGUCGUAGUCCAGUACAGUCUUGAAUUCCUGGGCCCAAGGGUUCUUCCCACCUAAGCCUCCCAAGUAGCUGGAAGUACAGGCACAUACUACCAAGCCCAGUUAGUUUUUUAAGUUUUUGUAGAGACAGGGGUCUUACUAUGUUGCCCAGACUGGUCUUGAACUCCUGUCAAGUGAGCCUCCCACCUCAGCCUCCCAAAGUGCUAUGAUUACAGGUGUGAGCCUCCAUGCUUGGAUGAGAUGUUGUUUUUAAUGUUUUUGGUUUUUUGGUUUUGUUGUUUUGUUUUUUUGAGACAGGGUCUCACUCUGUGGCCCAGGCUGGAGUGCAGUGGCACCAUCAUGGCUCACUGUAGCCUCGACCUCCCAAGGCUCAGGUGAUCCUCUUGCCUCAGCCACCCCUUCCCCGGCCACCAAGUAGCUGGGACUACGGGCGUGUGCCACCAUGCCUGGCUAAUUUUUUUAUUUUUAGUAGAGAUGGGGUUUUACCACGUUGGCCAGGCUAGUGUCCAACUCCUGACCUCCAAACGGCUAAUUUUUGUAUUUUUAAUAGAGACAGGUUUUCGCCAUGUUGCCCAGCCUGGUCUCGAAUUCCUGGGCUCAAAUGAUCCACCCACCUCGGCCUCCCAAAGUGCUGGGAUUAUAGGCAUGAGCCACCACACCUGGCCUUUUCAGUUUUUUUAUUUUUAUUUUUUCUUUGAGACGGAGUCUCGCUCUGUCGCCCAGGCUGGAGUGCAGUGGCGUGAUCUUGGCUCACUGAAACCUCCAUCUCCUGGGUUCAAGCAGUUCUCCUGCCUCAGCCUCCUGAGUAGCUGGGAUUACAGGUGCCUGCCACCAUGCCUGGCUAAUUUUUGUAUUUUUAGUAGAGACAGGGUUUUGCCACAUUGCCCAGGCUGGUGUUGAACUCCUGGGCUCAAAUGAUCCACCUGCCUUGGCCUCCCAAAGUGCUGGGAUUACAGGCGUGAGCCACUGCACCCGGCCCUUUGUAGUGUUUUUAACCAAAGAAUUUGUAGAGUUGCCCAGGCCAGGAAGCCUGGUGGCUCUAAAGGGUAAUAGACCUUGUCAGUAACAGAUAAGGAGUGAUAAGAAGACAUUACUCAUAUUGAAGAUGAAGACCAGACUUUGCUGCUUCACAGGCCAUGCGCUGGGUUGGGCCACUUCAGCUCCACUCCAUUCGUUUUCCUUUCCUAACUUGACAAUCAGCUCACUCACCCUCCCUUAGUGCCUCCAGUGCCUACUCCUGUCACUCCAAUGUCAACCCAUUGGGAGUUGAGGCCUGUCACUCCAAUGUCAACCCGUGGGCUGUUACUUUGCGUCAUAUAGAUGCUGUGAGAGGCCUUGCUGGAAUGUCCUAGGAAUCCCUAGUAGCAGUGGCUAUUAGUCUUCUAGAAAAGAACUAUUGCCGCUGCCUUGUGCACAUGCCCCACCUUCUGGGCAAGUGUCAGCAUUGCGCUCAUGAGGGGCUUUGCAUUCUUAGCCAAGGGCAAUAAACUGGGUGGGUGAUCUAGCCCAAACUUGCCCCUAGGCUCUGCUAGCCCUGAAUCAGCAGGCUUCAGAGACGAGGGUGGGUGUUAUAAAAGCCAGUCUGUAAAGGGUAAAUUCCAAAUCUUGUGCCUUGUUAUACCAAUCCUUCCUGACUCCCGUUUAAACCAACUACUCUAUUUCUGUGCUGCCUACAUUUUCAAUCCUCCCAAGCAUUAGCAAAUUCCUGAAAUUUCCUCAUUUGGUAGGCCUUCCAUAGGAGUCAGCUAUGGACUUCCAUAGGAGUUGGCAGCUAAAACCAGACUGUGAGCUUCUGUCUCCGUUCUGAUUUUUGCUGCACCUCCCAGGGGACAGUCCCCACAUGACUACAAAAGCCAGGUGCCCUCAUCACCCGUUACCCUUGACCUGUCCACUUGUUUUGAAUAAACCUUCAUUCUCCAAGCAGAUCCCCAAACUUCCUUGUCCUUGUUACACGUCUACCUCACAACCUCACAAUUCAACAAUAGGUAAAUACCUGGAUUCACUGAUUUCUUUACUGUCCUUCUCUGAGGGUUGGGAAGGUGGGGGCUAGAAAAGGCUCAUAAUUUUUAAACUCUUGGGAAUUAAACUUGGGAAUUUCUAUUCCUACAGUGUUUUCUCUGGGAUUUUUAGCUCACUGAUCACCCUAGAAUAGUGUGAACUCUCCAGAUAGGUCCUGCUGUGAUAGGCCAGGGGAGUAGGCUGUGCGGUGACGGCUUAGGGUAAUAAGUAAUGGUUGGAGGACACCAGCAUAGGAGCAGAGUUUAGAACUUAAGAGGACAAGAAAGCUGCUCAGUGGCUGGCGUAUAGCUGUGAAGGCAACCAAACACCAAAGAGGGAGUCUGUCAUUUUUAUAAGGCUGGAAGCGAAUGUUCCUUUUCUACCUUAACAUACAGUUCAGGGGGUUUCACCAAGACAAAGUUUCCAGGCUGGAGGGUAAUACAUAUCCAGCCCGAGUGAAGUCCCCACUCCAACAUAUACCCUUUUUGGGUGGGUAAACACCUCUUUGCAUGUGGACAGAAAAUGUUUAUACUUAAACAGACAUAUUUUGUGUAUUUUUAUCUGGAGACUUCUAGUUUUAUAUUCUUCCCACAUCUAUGCCAAUGCCACCAUUCUAACUUACGCUCCUUUUCUACCCCUGGUCUUUUCCUUGUCCUUCCCUACAACUUGGUAGAGGUCCAUUUUGUCUUACUUCACACUUUUUUAAAAAAAUAAAACACAAAAGUCUA